GAGCCACAUCAAGUCUAUGAUCUACCAAGUAUCAUAGUCACAUCGCCAGAGUCAUCAACCUUUCCGGAUACCCCUCAACAACGUCGACUACCUAAGUAUUCACUUUGUCUUUGAAACCGGGCCUCCUCUCACCGGCAAGCAUAAGGCAUCUACAGAACGUGAACAUAAAUAAGGUACUUUGAGUUGAGCUACUACGGCUCAUAGAGCUGAAUAUGGCCCCGGGCCUUUUGCAGCCCAAUGGAAUGGGCGAGAAUCCGAUAAUCCGAAUCCAAGGUCCCGAUGACGAGGAGAUCCUACCAACUUCACCUCCAGCCUCUCCCCCCAGAGUGGCGUAUUCGCCCCCUUCCCAGGAACGUGUUGCCCAGGUCGUCAAGGAAUGCGAGGCUAUUAUCCGAGCACAAGCAAAACCCAACUCAAACCCAGUCGGCCUCUUGUUGAGGAAGGCGUCCAAGGCAUUGUACCUAGAUGGCACCACCGAGAGCCACAAAACUAUAAUCCCCCACGCCUUAUUGGCAGAGGUUCUGACCAAGGAAAGAAUCUCACUGAGUCUGUGCCUUGGUAAACGGGCACGUCAAGAUUACAGCCCUGCCGAGUGCGUUCGACUGAUACGAGGAGGCGGCGGGUCCGAUGAGCUCGGCGAGUUUGCACGCGUCUUUGCUGUGUUGCUUCUUUGCGGCAGGCCAAAUGACAUCUUUCGGUUUUUCGACAACAAGCUGAACGACAAGGCAUUUCCAUUUGUAGAAGGGGAGGAUGACGACAGCAUACGGUCCAGAGAUUGGGACAAAAGUAUUCCGGACUGCGAACUGGGCUGGCCACCCGACUGUCGCGAUUCAUUUCUGAAUUCCCAAUGGAGGGUGUUCCUGCCAUGCUUCAAGAAUGAGCACCAGACAUUCACAAAGUCAACAAUGAUGCCUUGGCAUAACUAUCACACACCUCGGGCAACCGGCAGCAUGGCGUCUUCCUCAUCGACUUCAACAAAUGGCGAAACAGACGCACCAGGGGGCGGCCACAGUGAUGUGUUCCGAGUAUGCAUUCAUGAGGGUCACUACCGCUUCGACGGUCUCAACGCUGCGACCGGUUCCCCAGUGACCUUUGCCGUGAAAAAACUAAAAACCAAAAAAGAGGCUGAUUUUCAUCGCGAGGUCACUAUGCUCCGCGAACUCAGCGGCAAGAAGCCACACAUCGUCCGGCUCCUUACCACGUUUCACUACGACGGGAGCUACUGCCUGUUAUUUCCGUGGGCAGAAUGCGAUCUUCUUGACUACUGGGGCCGCGGUCGAGGGCAUGAAAUAAGUCAGUCGUUGAUCAUUUGGGUUGCUAAUCAAUGUCAUGGGCUGUUCCAGGCCCUCAAAUGGAUACACAAACCCGGUAAUGAUGUUCUGGACCCGGAAAUGAACCAGCUAUAUGGACGACAUGGCGAUAUCAAGCCGGAGAACAUUCUCUGGUACAAGGGGAACUCGAACCUUGGACAUCCCCUUGCAUCGGGGCAGCUUGUGUUCUCAGAUUUUGGGCUAAGUUCGCUCAACCACAAAAACUCGCGUUCCGGGGUCGACAAUAAGGACAUCCUCCAUACAUUGGCCUACGCCCCCCCGGAGAGUAUCUUGCCUGGAGACCACAUAUCCAGGUCCAUAGAUAUAUGGGCUUCCGGCUGUGUUUUCCUGGAAUUUGUCACCUGGGUAGUAGGUGGCCCAGCAUUAAGAGACGAUUUCCAACGUAAGCGCUUCGCACCCCAUCUAGGCCAUAACAUAAGGAACGACAUCUUUUGGGAGGUGCAAACUUUCAAGGAUCCCAAGAAAGGGGGACUGGAAGAACAUGUCACGGUUGUAAAGCCGAGUGUCAUGAACUGGAUCGCGACACUUCGCGCAAGACCAGAGGCCACUCAGUUCAUUCAGGACUUUCUCGAUAUCAUUCAAGACCACAUGUUGAUAAUAGAAAAAAGCGCCAGGGGAACGGCGAAGAGGAUAGCGCCCCUCUUCGAUGAGAUGAAGCGAAAGUGCGACAAAGACCGUUCAUACUACACAGUGCCAGCACCUCCCAGCGGCAGUCUUGCCAUACCAGAACAACGACCUGUUGUUGAGCCGCUCAGCAUCGAAGCCCUGAGACACAUUAGCCAGGCCACAUUGAACAUCCCUCGGUACACUGGACGGCGAUCACCGGAACGGAAAACGCGUGAAUGGGAUGGUCACAUCCUUUGACUCUACAUUGGACAAUGUGGCCGCUCUUCACAAUCCCCCCUUUCAAACCAUCUCUUUUCAACAGUGUCAACCAACUUCUUUUCAAGUACUUUUGUACACUACCCUCUCCACUGUCCUACUAUCUAAGUAGUAGUGUAGGAACUAUGUACCGCGUGUGCAAUUUAGUAUGCCAGGAGAUUUAGAAUCGCACUUCC